GCAGCAAAGCGCAACCGCAAAACGCAACCAGCUCAUCCAUUAGGAGCAACCCCACCCAACACAAACACAACACGCCGUUGAAAAGCGACAUCGGCUCGCCCACCACUUCACACACGCCAACCAACAACGAAGCAACACGGAAGCUGCCCCUAUCCCGCUUCCUGCUUCCGCUUCCUCUGCCUUGCUUCUCUCCUGUGUGUUUGACCCUUGACUCUUUUCGCGGCCGCCCGUUUCUUUUUGACACCAGCAACAGCAACAGCAACAGCUGUUUUGGAGCAUACGCCUUGCUCCAUUCGGGAUCCUUGCUGGCUUGCUUCCUUCCCUGCGUGCACACGCGCGCACACGACCGCGUCAGCACGAAACAGCAACAGCAGCACCAGCAGCAGCAGCAGCACCAACGGCGACCACGUCGUUGCCAUCAUCACGCACGCCAUCGCUGCGGCUGGAAUGACAGCCCAGCGCUCCUCAGCACGCCCCAGCGUGCGCAGACGAGGCAGGAGGCGAAAGGGCACUGCAUGCCGACAUCCAAUUGGCUGCACCAGCAGUUGCCGCCUCAACCCCACACGCGCAGCCAUCACCCUGCUGCUCCUCCCUGCCCUAUUUGUUUGCGGCUUAUUCACACCGCCACUAGCAGUGCAAGCACAACAGGAUGAGACGACACCGGCAACAUCGACAACUGUGGACCAGUCCACGUCGCUGUGUGCGCUCAAGGGGUGCGGAUACAACAGGCUGCACCCGUGCCAAUGCGACAACGAGUGCGUCCCCAACGGCGACUGCUGCCCGGACUACGAGCAAGUGUGCGUGACAACCACAAGCACCACAACUACCACUACCACAACAACAACCACCACAACCACCCUGCCCUUUUGGCAAACGGGGCCGUCCUGCGAUCCAAAUCCAUGUCAAUGGAACGGCAACUGCACGGAGGUCAUGGCCCCACUCACGUGCGAGGAGCGCUGUGCCGUGGAGCUGGACGCGUGCCAGGACACAUCGCAGUGCCGGCGCAGCAGCGCGCAAAUGUGCCUCACCGCCCUCAUGUCCGUGGUCACCUUCGACCCGCGGCCCUGCCCUUCUCCCGACGAGUGCUGUUCAACCACCAUCACAGAUCCAGACGCCCUCCUCAUCUACGAAGCUGCAGCAAACUGCAUCUGGGAAAACUGCGACGCCGACGGCGGCGGCUCGUACACUUCAAACGUCACCUGCGCCUGCCCACCUGGCAGAACGGGCGACCUGUGCGACGUCGAUGUCAAGGAGUGCGAGCCGAACCCCUGCCAGAACCGCGGCACCUGCAUCGAGGGCCACAACGGCUUCAACUGCUCCUGUGUCGAGGGGUUUGACGGGCCCACCUGCGGCGCCUUUGUCGGCUGCGACGCACAGGAGAACCCCUGCCAGAACAACGGCACAUGCAGCCCCGUGUUUGAGGAUGCCCCGCGCUGUGUGCAGCAGUGCGCUGCUGAGUACCUGGCCUGCGACCAGGACGCCCAGUGCAGCCCUCGCAAGACGUGCCUCCUCAUCCCAGACGGUACCCAGGGCACCGCCUCCCUGGACACCGUCCUCGACUGCGGCCUCCCCUACAUCAUGAACAACGCAAGCAAGGCCAUCUUCACCACAGCCGCAACCUGCGUUGUCGAGGAGUGUGACCUCACCCCCAUCCUGGAAGGCAUCACCUGCGGCUGCCCAGACGGCUACGAGGGCGAUUUCUGCGAGACGGACAUCAACGAGUGCGAUCCAGACCCGUGCUUGAACGGCGGCACGUGCACAGACCUGAUUGGCGCCUUCUUCUGCGCCUGCCCCACCGGCUUUGAUGGCGACCGCUGCCAGACACGCCUCAACUGCACCACAGAAAGCAUUGCCAACAUGUGCCAGAACAACGCCACGUGUGUGAGUGAGCCCCGGGCUUGCCACCGCUACUGCGAGCCUUCGAUCGACGCAUGCGCGGCAAACGCAGACUGCAGUGGCCCGCAGGAUGCCACCUUACUUUGCCUGCAGGCAGUUGCCCGCGCCGGGACAGACCAGUGCGACGAGGCCUGCCUUCGCGACUGUGCCCAGCGGUUUAGCACCCAGGCUGGCGAGGCGCUCUUCGAAGAUGCGCUGCAGUGCAUUGUCGACGACUGCCCGCUCCUGCCGGAUUUCCGCUGCCAGUGCCCCACUGGGUUUGAGGGCGUCUACUGCGAAACAAACCCCGAUGACUGCGUGGAGGGUAUGUGCCUCAACGGCGGCACGUGCGUGGACGGCGUCAACACGGCCACCUGCACCUGCCCUGCCAGCUACACGGGCCCCCGGUGCGAGACCCUCCUCAGCUGCGAAGCCGACAUGUGCCAGAACAACAGCACUUGCACAGACCUGUUUGACGUCCCCGCCGCCAUCGCCUCGUGCUCGGAGACAUGCGACAACGUCUUCUCCGCGUGUCUGCAAGACGACGCAGGCGCCCUCUCUUGCUCCUCUGCAUUCAACUGCCUGCUUGUGCCCCUCUCAGACCAGGAGCACACGUGCGAGCUCGACUGUGUGCAGGAGUGCGGCAAGCUUCAGCAAGGCACCACCAGCCGGCAGCUCUUUGACGCCGCCGCAGAGUGCGUGUUUGUCAACUGCGUGCCAAACCUCGUGCCGUCCGGGUUCAAGUGCACCUGCCCCGCUGGCUUCACGGGCGACCUGUGCGACGAAGACAUCAACGAGUGCGACCCAAACCCAUGCUCCAAUGGUGGCACGUGCCUCAACCUGCUGGCAGCUUACGACUGCGUCUGCCCUUCCACCACCUGGGGCGACAACUGCCAGAACCUGUGCGACGUUUGCAACACCACCGCCGCCGCCGCUGCCGCCGCCACCCAGUACCAGAAGCAGGCGUGUACGCCCACCAGCAACACCGUGUGUGCGCCACUCACCCCCUGCCGCGUUGGCGAAUACGAAGCCGUGGCGCCCACGCCAACCUCAGAUAGGGUGUGCGAGCCCAUCCCGGUUGCCCGCUGGUUCCCUCCCACCACCGUCAGCGUGUCAACGCCUGCGCUCCCUGCAUCAACCACUGGCCUGACGCGGCUCUCCGCCACCUCCACGCGCGCCGCCUUUGGCUUCCUCCUUGGCGGACCCGUCGACACGCCCGCCACCAUUUCCGCCAGCAUUGGCCCCAGCACUGCCUCAGAGCAGGUGCGUGCGGCAAGGGAGCCGGCCUCGUCCGUGACCGGCCAGCUGCUCUCCCCGACACGCGUCUACUACGACAAGCCGUACGUGCAUGCGGUAAUUCAGGUGCGCGACGCGGCACAGAACACCCGCGUGCAGUCCAACACGGCUGUCUUCGUGGAGGCCACCGCCCCUGCAGCCCUGCGCGUGCUGCAGGAUGUCAGCCCACGGCAAACGUGCGUCGUCGAUAGCACCUCCGGCGCGUGCACGGUCCAGCUCGCCCUCCCGCAGGCGUGGUUUGCUGCGCAGGCAGAGGAAACCGUCUCCAUCGCCUUUGGCAUCGAUGGCACCAGCAACGGCGUUCUCGCCGAUGUGGUGCUCGUUCCGGGUGCAGAUCGCGUCGUGCUUGCGUCAGAGGUCGUCGUUGAGCUGCCGACGCACACGCUCUUUCCAAGCAAAACCUUCACCGCGCCCAUCCGCGCCAAGAACGACAUUGAGCUCGCCCUGUACCGCCUCAGCGUCGACAUUGAUCAGACGGGCCUCGCCUUUGACGCGGACAGCCCCGCGACCAUCUCCGACCGCUGGUUGCACACGGUGGAGGCCACGCCCACGGGCAUCGUCAUCGUCGGCACGCUUGCGGAGGAAAACGCCGCGCCAGACGUGGACCUGCUGGCCACACUCAACCUGCGUGUGCUGGAAACCACCGCCACCACCCAGCCGGACGCUGCCCAGUUCAGCAUCAACGUCACCGUGGAGGCGCUCGGCAACGUGCGCAGCGAACCCGUCGCCGUGCUCGGUCGCCCAACCCCAACUUAUGCCACACACAGCCACCGCCAGCAACAGCAGGGCGUGCAGUUUGGGCAGGUGCACGUUCAGCCAAACGCCCUCGUCACUGUCAUGCCGUACGCUGGGGCAGGAGACUUGCCCAACGUGGCGCGCCUCACUGGCCAGCGCAUCUCGCAUGCACUGACGGUCUUGGGCGCGUAUGCCGACGGCACAACGGCUGCGGUGAGCACAUCAUCAGGCCUGCUGUCCUGCUCCACGCUCAACCCCGCCACGCUAAAGGUGUUUGCAGACUGCAGCGCAGUCUACUUUGAUGGCGAUGAGACGGCCGGCGCCGACGGCACCAGCAUUGCCGUCCGCGUGAUUGGCCUCGGCGUGCUCGUGCCCGUCACCUUCCGCGUGUGGCUGCCGACCGCUGCUGAGCUGACAACGGACGCGGUGGGGCCAAACCUGCAAGCUGUCGCCGGCCUGCGCCACCCCGCCCGCAGCUGUCAGCCCGUGUACCAGCAGACACAGCUCUUCUGCCCAUGCACGUUUUCAACGCGGCUGCUGGACGGCAGCACGAUCACCCGCCAAGUGGAUGUCCUUCCCCUUGUCCUCGCUCACCUGCAACAGACCAACGCCAGCGUGGCGAGCGUGAGCGAUACCGGCGUGGUGGAAGGCCUGCUGCCUGGCACCACCACCAUCUCCUUGCCUGCCCCCUCCAUCGUGAGUGCAGCCACCGUCACCGUUGGACAGGGCGCAGCAGUGGGUGUGCGUCGCAUUGACGCCUACCCAGUCGCAGGUCUCGCACUCAGCUCCCUUCCCAGUAGGGUGGACCGCCUUGCAGCACACACCGUUGACAUUGGCAUCCUCUCCAACAUCACGGUCGAGUUUGACACCGCGUACGUGACGGUGCGAGCCGUGCUCAACGACACAACCACGCUGCCGCUGGACGGGUUCCCUGGCCUGAACAUCACCUCCCUUGACGCGAGGGUUGCGCGCGUGCUGGCCAACCCGGCCACACCUCAGCGCUUCGAGGCCGUUGGCACAGGGUCUGGUGACAUCCUUCGCGUCGACCUGUCUUCCACAGAAGCUUGCGAUGCGGCCAACACUGUCAUUGCUUCUGGCCUUAGCCCGGUGUUCAUCUCCUUGCCGCAGCCGACAGCGCUUGUGGUACACAGCUUCAAGAGCACCCUUGCAGAGGCAAAUGACGUGGUUGCGCAACUCACGUCGUCCUCAAAGCGCAUCUCCACCAGCACCACACUGGGGCUGCGGCUGGUGUUCCCGGCGUACGUGACAGAUGCCAGCACGGAUGCGCGCGUGGUGCUGGACACGAGCAAGAGCGGUGGCCUGUUCACGGCGCAGCGGCGCGCCAGCGAUGGCCGCGUCCAGGUCACCAGCAACAGCGCCGGCCUCACGGGCACAGGCACCCUGACCAUCGGCUUCAGCCACGUGAGCGUGACGCACAGCAUCAACAUCACCGUUGUCGGCACGGCGAGCGUGGAGGCGCGGCUGCGGCCGUGGCCCGCGUACGCCGGCUCCCGUGGUGUGGAGGUGCACCAGCUGCAGCAAUACGCAGACACGGGGGUGUGGCAGGAGGCUGUGCUGGAGACGGUGCUGGUGCUGACGAGCGGCGAGCGCGUUGACGUGAGCACGGACGGGGCUGUGGUGAGCUACUCCGUGGUUGCUGGAAGCGAUGUGGUGCGUGUGAGCAGCGGCACGGUUGUGUCGUACACGGGUGCUGGCACGGCGUUUGGGAACGCGAGCGUGGAGGCGCGCGUGGCUGGCGCAGUGAGCCAGUUUGUGGCGCGGGCCGACGUUGCUGCCACCAACACGUCUGUGCGUGUUGUUGGGUUUGAGGGCCUGACGCUUGCGGGGACGGUGGUUGGUGUGGUGGGCCACGUGUCACGGGGCCAGGUGGACGUUGUGCUGAGCGACGGGCGCAAGUACGCUGACCUGAUUGAUGUGAGCGGGAGCGGGAGCGCACGCAUUGGUGGGCUGGUGGCGUUCUCUGUGAAGGGCGACAGCAGCGGGGCCGUUGCGGUUGACGGCGCGAGUGGCGCAGUGACGCUGCUUGGGAAUAGCGCUGUUGAGCUUGAGUAUGUGGUGCGGGCCACGGUAGGAGGCGCGAUGGGGAGCCGGAUGUUUGCUGCGAACCUGCAAGCCGGGGAUGGGGAUGUUGAUCUGGGGUCGCUGUCUGGGGUGCCGGUGCCGGCACAGCAGCCGGGCGCCACAUUCGACGUGCCCGUGCGCCUCACCAGCACAGCCAAGGUGGUGGCUGGUCUGCGCUUGGAGGUCACCUAUCCACCCGAUGUGCUCGAGUACGUGAGUGCGACACAGGGCUCCGCCUAUGGCCAAGGCCUUUUCCUGGUCACCCCCAACGAUCCCCCUGGCGUGCUCCUCUUUGGCGGGACGACAGACGGCGUGUCUGGCUCCUCGCAGGAAGUGGCCGUGCUUCGCUUCCGCGUUGCGGAUGACGCUGCUCCGCCUGCCCUCAUCACACUCGGCGGCACCAUCAUCGAGCUCAUUGACGAUGCAUCCCUCGACAUUGUGGCGCCUGACACCGCGUUUGUUGCUGGCAACGUCUCCAUGGUCAUCCUCGACGGCAACCUUCGUCGUCGCCGCAGCGCUGCUGGCCUUGACGUCAGCGACAGCGAUGACGUGGGCUGGAGCCGGAGCCUGCUCCCUGUUGUUGCGCCACGUGAGCGCCACCGCCGCGCUGGCGAUGCCCCGUGCACGGGGCUGCCGUGCGCUGGUGGCCGCCAUUUGGGCGAUGCGAACGAGGACUGCUGCUUCACGCUCGCAGAUGUGCGCUUCGUGCAAUCCUUCCUGGCCAAGCGCACGUUUGACCCCAGCUUUGGCAGCGACUACAGCCGAGACCGCUAUGAACAGAUGGACGCCAACAUCAACGGGCGUGUGGAUGACUUUGAUCCCGUGUACCUGAUCCGCGUCCUCUUCAAGCAGCUGCACUUCAUCACCAACGUGACGGUGACGCCGGUGGCGCAGUCGCCUGCCUCCGGAGCAGAUGCAGCCGUGGCGUGCCAGCUCAGGAUCUCAGCGACGCCCCUGGGUGCUGGCAACACCGUCCCCGAUCCAGAGCGCACGUUCCUGUUCUUCGACGUGGAAUCACGCGACACGGGCCUGCGCCCGGCCCUUGACAAUAGCGCAGUCACCCGUGGUCAAGUGGUCGUCGCCGACAAGGGUGCGCCAACCUUCAACGGCGCCAUCUUCCAAGCUGAGGCGGCGGUUCCCUCAGGCGGUGAUGACAUGGGAGACAACGAAACACCCGUGCCACACAGCGUAGACAUGUUCACCAGCCUUGACCUCGGUGACGUUGGCCUCACCAUCCUGCAGGUGACGGUGGAUCAGAGCAGCCCGCCGCAGACAUCAGACUCGCGUGCUGUGCGCAUCUCCAACAGCACCGGCGCCGUGGAGUUUGGGAGUCCCUUCAUGUAUCAGCUGCAGCUUGGACCCGCCACCUCCUACACGUUUGACCUGACGACACCAUACCACCCGCUCCAGCUGUUUGCCAACCCCACGUCCUCGCUCGAGUGCUUUGUCAGCCUUCCGGCCUGCGACACGAACGUGUUCUUCGAGCUUGACCCGCCAACGCUGAGCAGCGCACGCGUGUGCCAGCGCGUGCGUGAGUGCAACACGACUACGCAGUACGAGACAACCGCGCCCACGCCCACAUCCGAUCGCGACUGUGCCCGCAUCCGCGGCCCGUGUGAGCCGGGCACAUUCCAGGACGCCGCGCCCACACCAACAAGUGACCGCGUGUGUGACAACUGCACCGUGUGCACAAGCGACAUGUACACGAAGACAGCCUGCACCAUCUUGCAGGACACGGUUUGCGCCAACCUGACCGCGUGCCAGCCAGGCGAAGUGGAGCUAGUCCUGCCCACGGCCACGUCAGAUCGCGAGUGCGGGCGCAUACCAGACGCGACAUUGCCGCUCGCCACCGUCAACAGCAACACGGGUCUGGGCUACCUCCUUGAGCAACAGCUGCCAACGGUGACGCCGGCAGGCACACGCGGGCAAGUGGGUGUGUUUGUCGAUGCACUCAACGCCGACAACGGUAACCUGCGCGCUGUGCUUGGCGACUCCGAGGCGCAGGCGGCGUUUACCCUCCAGCGCAGCCCCGCUGUCAGCGUGGAAGCGCAAGUGGCCACGCAGCGGCUGUGGCACGAUGCGCCCCAGGUCAACGUGCACCUUGUUGUGCGGGAUGCCUUGCACUCAACAAACACGCAGCAGACGCAAGUGUCCAUCGCAGUCACGCCGGUCGACUUCACUUCGUCCGUGCCGGCUGUCACGGCAUCCUGCACCACGCGCAGCGCCUGCUGGGCGCGGGUGUCGGUGCCACAGGAGUGGUUCUCCAACACCACAGAGCGCGCUGUGCAAGUGACGUAUGGGCUUGGCUCCACACCCACACAGCAGGUGUCGUCGCCGCCACUGCCGCUCUCCACAGCGCCGGCUUCCUCUCCAUUGAUGGCCACUGGCGCUGCUGGGAGCGGUGGCGUGUGGUUCAGUGCACCGCACAGGCCCGUGCGACCCGGCGCAACGUUCCAGGUGCCCGUGUAUGCGCAGGGCGGUGACUACCCCGUGAACACGUGGCAGGUCCGCUGCAGCGUGGCUGACGAUGCAGACAAGCUGGUCAUCACGCAGAUGAGCGUGGACAGCGCGUGGGAUGGACAAGUGCAAGGUGAGGGCACCAGCACCGUUGUCGGCAACGGCCUGCCACUCGGCGACCGCCCCGAGCUUGCGCCAGAGCAAGAGCUCCUGUUCACCCUCACGGUUGCGGUGCAGCCACAGGACGCAUGGACACAGGGCGCCAACGCAAGCGCCACAACAGCGGCGGAGGUGGCUCUCAGCUGUACGGUGUUGAGCUUGUUCAACGUGGAGAAGCAGCAGCCACUCGUGACGCCAGUGGCUGCCGUGUCAUCGGGCCGCGAUGGCGUGCGUGUGGGCGACGCGAGUGUGUUCCUCGCGCCAGCACAGACCGUUGGCUUUGCUGCCAUGAUCCCUGCCGCCCAACUGGUGAACAGCGCCGUCUUGACGGGCGAAGCCGUGAACUCGCCAGUGUCGCUCGUUGCAUUUGAUGAGGACAGCACACCUAUCACUGUGUCCAACAACGACGGCGACGUCGUGGCGUGUGCUUCCCAGGAUACGGAUGUCGUCGGUGUGUCGUCUGAUUGCACGCGUGCUCAGCUGUUGGGCGUCGAGGCCCGUGGCUCUGCCAGCGCAAUGCUCACCUUCACGUGGAGGGACCUGCGGGCCACAGCGGCUGUUGCAGUUUGGUACCCGCGCCUUCCGCUCUUCCUGAACAUCACGGACACCACCAUGAACCGCGUGUCAGCACCUGGUGCGUGCGAUGCUUGGUACCAGAGCACCCGUCCCCGCGUGACAACCGUGCUUGGGCUUGCUUCGUCCAACGCCACCACAACGAGCGUAGACGUUGACGUGACGCACCUGGUGCAGCUGGUGAGCAGCAACACAACAAUUGUGGGCGUGACGGAAGCGUUUGGCGCCACCACCCUGGUCGGGCGCAGCGCUGGCGCUGUUACCGUUGUUGCUACGGAUGCAUCUGGAAACGGCGUGUCCAACAGCGUGGCUGUGAGCGCCGUGGACAGCCCGCGCGCGUUCAUUGCAAACGUCCGCUCUGCAGUGGUUGCUGAUCUGAGCAUUGCCAGCGUGCCUGCCACGGUUGCGACAGGCGCCGAUGCCUCAGCUGCCUUUGCCUACGCCGUCGUGGCCACGCAGCAGCUGACGCGCGAGAAGCAGUUUGCCGACGUUGCGCUUGAGCUCGUGUUCACCGACGGGCACACGCAGCCGCUGGCGGAGUCGCAGGUGAACCUGCGAUCCCUGGCGCCGGGCGCGAUUCGCGUGUACACAAACACGAGCGAGCGCACUUCCACCACGCAGGACAUCCAGGUCCUCUCGUCCAUUGUAGGCGAGGCCGUGGAGGCAGACAUUGUGGACACGUCCGAAUGCGGGCGGCUGUUUGGCGACGACAACGUGCUGCUGACACACACCAUCAACGUGGACGCGCAGCUGCCACUGCCUGUGGAUGUGGAGGUGACGGCGAGCGCGCGCAAGAUUGCCUCGACGCAGGACCCUGCCGGGGCCUUGCUUGCCACGGAAACGACGCUGAGCGUGGCGCUGGUGUUUGCUGAUGGCCGCAAGCAGGUGAUGACCACAGACGCACGCACGCGAUACACAGUCCUGCCCGCCACCGGCGAGGGUAUGGGUGCUCAGGCCAGUGAGCUGCUGACGGUGGCGCAGCGGAGCGACGACACCGUGGUCGCCUUGGCCGCGUCGCCUGCCCUGGCCGGCGUGGCGCGCGUGUUCGUCAACUUCACGCACGUCAACGUGACUGGGGAAGUGAGCGUGGAGGUGGUCCGAGCACAGGGCGUGUCCCUGGCCAUCCGCCCUUACCCGUCGUUCUCGGGCUCCAGCCAGACCACCGUGACGCGCUUGGCGCUGCUCGCCAACACCGAUGUGUAUCAGCAGGCGCAGCUGGAGACGCGCGUGGCCCUGAGCGAUGGCACGUCGCAGGACGUGAGCACACACGCACUUGUGGAGUACGGCGCUGAGGCAGACCCGGCGAACGCAAACACAACUGGCGUUCUCGUCGUGGGAGGAGUCAGCCCGAACCGCGUGCGGGUGCAGGAGGACGGUGUCGCCGCAGUAUCGCUCCCAUUCAACGCCAAUGUGACGGCCGUGUUUGCGGGCGCCCUUGUGGCAACGCCGCAGCCACUCGCCGUGACAGGCGAGCGUACAUUUGUCACAGCCAUCACCGACCUGUCCUUCCCAUCCACCCUCACGGGGAUCCAAAAUGCCACCACCGCCACAAUCCAGGCUGCGGUCACCUUUGAUGACAACACGCAGCUGCGCCGGUCGCACCUGUACGCCAGCGGCGUGCUGCAGGUGCCCGGUUUGCUCUCCUUCUCCACGUCUCGGCCUGCUGUUGCCAGCGUAGACGCCAGCUCAGGCGUGGUUGCGCUGCACACCAACUUCCACUCGGCCGUGGAGUACACGGUACAUGCUGCUGGGUCCAACGGCAGUGACGUGGUUGCCAGCGACACCUUCUUCUGCAACUUGCAGCCUGUCUCAGGGGACGUGGACUUGGGCAGGACCGCUGGCAGCCCGCUGGGCGCGCAGCGCGUGGGAGACGAGUUUGACGUGGAUGUCCGCGUGCGCAGCGACACCGCGUUCACCACGCUCCAGCUCAACGUGCUCUUUGAUGAGCGCGCCCUGCAGCCCAUCAGCGUGCAGCAAGGAAGCCAGCUCAGCGGCAUCUUCUCAUCGAACAUUGCCAUCCCCGGCACGGUUGUGAUUGGUGCCUCUGUGACGGGGCUCUCCGGCACGGUUGUCGUGGCCUCCGUUCGCUUCAGGGCGCUGCAAAGCGGCGUGUGGGCUGUGUACGGCGAGACAAACACGCUGGCAGAUGCUUCCGCCACGUCGCUCAUUGCCAACCCAGAUGACCCUCGGUUCACCGCAGGCGACAUUCAAGUUGCUGUCGUUGACAACAACGCGCGUCGCAGGCGCAGCGUGCUGCAUGCCGAAGCUGUUGCGAGCCCUCAAGCACAGCAACAGCAGCAGCAGCAGGCACGCGCGCGUCGUGCCACUGAGGUGUGCCAGCCCGCGUGCGCUGUGGACGAGUGGCCCUGUGCAACGUGCCCGAAUGGGAGGCAGUUUGGCGACGCAAACGGCGACUGCUGCUUUGAUGCCAACGACGUCACGUUUGUUCGCCAGCUGCUCAACCAGAUCCAGGGUGACACGAGCCACCCCGCCUUCACUUCCCUGGCACCCUUCCAGCAAGCUGCCGCUGAUGCUGACGGCAACACCAACGUCAACACGGAGGACGCGUUUUACAUGCUGCAGGUCACCACCUUUGUGUUCAGCUUCUUCACACACGUGCAAGUCCAGCCUGUGAGCGCUGCCACAGACUGCGAGGUGCUGCUGCGCACGGGGCUGCUCUCCAUUGGCGCUGGCCGCGUUGCCGAGGCGCCGGCACCGCCCAACACCUACGUGCUGUUUGACGUGGAGAGCCGCGACACCAACCUCCGCGCUGUCUUGCUCAACGCCAACUUCUCUGCUGGCGAGCUCGUGGCCUUCAAGCCCUCCCCACACAACGGCGCCAUCUUGCGCGCCGCGUACGAGGGCGAUGGCUCGUAUGCCCUCUCGUUUGCGGCCUCGCACAACGUCUCGGGUAUGGGCGUGAGCCUGUUCCAGGCUACCAUCGCCGCUGAUGGUGUGAGCAACCUGUUCACCGGCGAUGCAGACCGCCGUGUUACGCAGGAGUUCCCGCCGUUUGCGCUGGAGUUUGACGUUGGCGACAACAGCGGCCUGCACGGCGCCGUGGAUGUGCAGUCAUACAACCCGCUCGUGAGCGUGACCGUCAAUGCCACGACUGAGGCGUGCCUGCCCCCAACCAAGUGCCCCAGCAACCACUACCGCACAUCCCCGCUCGGCGUGCAGCCACUCACUUGCGAACCUUACACGGUGUGCGCCGAUGACGAGGUGCUCGUUCGCAACGGAACAGAGACAACGAAUGUUGAGUGUGAGCUGCGCGCGUUCUUCCCACCAUACCAGGUUGCAUCCAGCAUCGAUGCCCUGCUCUUCCUCAGCGCAGCCCACAACAGCACCACAGACACGAACGGCAAUAGCGGACCCAAUGUUGCUGCUGCUGCUGCAACCAGCAUCGCAUCUGUUGCGCGGGCGGCCCAGCUGCCCACGUUCCCGAGCGCAAACCGCUACAGGACGGUUGGCUUUGCAGAGCAGUUUGGCACCAACCCCUUCCCGCCUGCGCUUGAUGUGCAUGCACGCGUUGGUGCUGACCAGGAGGGCGGCGAUGAUGCGAGCGCAGCGCUGUCGGUGCCUUGCACAACCACUGAGCGUGUUGCACCGGUUGCGACGAUUGGCGCCGUGGUGCUGGACGAACGAAGCGUGUACGAGGACAGCGCUGUUGUGCGCGUGUACUGCACUGCGUUUGCGGCGAACGGCCGAAGCGGCGACGGCGUGGAGCCCGUUGAAAUAACCGCAGUUGUGACCAGCGCAAACAGCUCCGCCGAUGCACCGCUGCCAGUGUCUGCGACGUGCACUGCUUCCCCAGCAACAGGCGGUGCAUGCAUUGCAGAGGUUGCCAUCCCUUCAGCGUGGUUCUCCGCGGACAGCGAUGCGAUGGACGUGGACGUGACUGUGACUGCUGAUGCGGUCAACGCCACAGCUGUGUACCUUCCCAGCGCGGCCACCAUUGUUCCGACGACCGCGUCCUUGGAUCUGUCCAACGACGCCAUGCUGGUGCUGCCGCAGCAGCGGCUCGCACCAGGCGAGACCGCCGCGAUGGCGCUGAAUGCCAACACGGGCGCGUCUGUUGGCGCGUUUGCGUUCAAGGUGUCCGUGUCUGGUGCGAUGUUGGAGGUGACAGGUGCGCAGGUGAGCUCCCGCUUCACAGCACAGGUGACCCAGCUUGCCCCGGACGAGUUGGGCAUCGUCGGGUACCUCCCACCCGGUUCCCCCUUCGUCACAUCAGAGGCUGGCACCGAAAGCAUUGCCUCCAUCACCGUUCGCGCCAUUGAUCGGCAGCGCAACGUCCAGGUUGCGGGUGCUGUGGCGCUCGAGAUUGUCUCCCUCGCCAGCGCACUGCAGCAGUCUGUGCGGCCCCGCGGUGAGGCAACGCCAACGGUGGGCCUCACGUUUGAUCGUGACGGCGUGCGUGCUGGUGCAGGUGCCCUUUACAUCGCCUCGCCACAGCCUGUCGCCGUCAUGGCACGAGCUUCCCGCUACACGUUGUGGAACAAGCUGCCACUCGCUGCGGCUGGCGACCAGAACGCUGCGGAACAGACUGCCACGACCAUUGCCCUCUACAACGUGUUGGCAGAUGGAACACUCGCCGAACGGGACAACAACGACAACAACGACGACGCCAGCAAUGCCACUGCUUCGACCAUCACGUGCACAGCAACCAAUGGUGACUCCGUGAAGCUUGACGUUGCCACGUGUCGCCGCCUGCUGUUUACGCAGAACACGUCAGCGCCCAGCCCCGAUGUGGUGGUCAACAUGGCGCUCACAGGUGAUGACUCGGAUGAACAACAACCCGUGCCAAUCUUGAACCCGGCGCUUCGCUUCAGCGUGUGGCAGAUGGUGGAUGGCCCCCACGUACUGCUGGACGACAGCGUGCUGAACACGCUGCCAGUGUCUCUGGCAACAUGCUCCGACGUAUCAGCAGCGCCCGUGUUCCAACGCACGCGUGUGCGGGUGGCUGCCUCCUUCUCGGACGGCGAGGAAUCCACACCACUUGCAGACGUGACGACAUUUGUUCACACGCGCAUUCGCAGUACCGACGCAGCUGUGGCGACUGUAUCCGUGUCUAGCGUGAGCGGAGACGCAACCUUCAUCGCCGUUUACGCACAAGGUGCAUCCCUGGGCACCACUGACAUGGUGCUGGACAGCGCGUUGGGCGCGGGGCAACCAACAUCGCCUGUGGCAGCCACCGCACCGCUGCGUGUGGUCGCAGAUCCAGUCAACAUCACACGCUUGUAUGUCAGUGCAACGCAAGAGCUGGCACUGGACACCGCGUCACCUGCCGCGUGCGGGGCAACAAGCCUCAUCGAAGCGCGCAGCAAGGCAGGGCUGGACCGAGAGGGCCAGCGCGCUGUGCUGUCUGCGUGGAUGCGCACGAGUGAUGACCAGCUCGUGGACGUGUCAGCAGCUCCAUUUGUGGUCUUCGCCAGCAACAACACCAACAUCCUCGAUGUGCAAGGCAGUGCGGCGGUGGCAAGUGCCGCCAGCGUUGGUUCGGACUCGCCCAUUGCAGUGAAUGCGCUGCUGUUCCCGACUGCGUGCACAAACACCUCAUCCAGCGCCAUUUUGGCCACCGGCGAGACGCUUGUGCCCGUGUUUAUUCCACAGCCAACGGGCAUCGAGAUCACCCUUGGCGAUGCGGAGCUCACACUCGAAGGUGAUCCGCUCACGCGCGUGCAAGCCGGCAGUAGCAGCAGCAGGCGGCCAACCAGCACCACGCUGGGGCUGCGGCUGGUGUUCCCGGCGUACGUGACAGAUGCCAGCACGGAUGCGCGCGUGGUGCUGGACACGAGCAAGAGCGGUGGCCUGUUCACGGCGCAGCGGCGCGCCAGCGAUGGCCGCGUCCAGGUCACCACCAACAGCGCCGGCCUCACGGGCACAGGCACCCUGACCAUCGGCUUCAGCCACGUGAGCGUGACGCACAGCAUCAACAUCACCGUUGUCGGCACGGCGAGCGUGGAGGCGCGGCUGCGGCCGUGGCCCGCGUACGCCGGCUCCCGUGGUGUGGAGGUGCACCAGCUGCAGCAAUACGCAGACACGGGGGUGUGGCAGGAGGCUGUGCUGGAGACGGUGCUGGUGCUGACGAGCGGCGAGCGCGUUGACGUGAGCACGGACGGGGCUGUGGUGAGCUACUCCGUGGUUGCUGGAAGCGAUGUGGUGCGUGUGAGCAGCGGCACGGUUGUGUCGUACACGGGUGCUGGCACGGCGUUUGGGAACGCGAGCGUGGAGGCGCGCGUGGCUGGCGCAGUGAGCCAGUUUGUGGCGCGGGCCGACGUUGCUGCCACCAACACGUCUGUGCGUGUUGUUGGGUUUGAGGGCCUGACGCUUGCGGGGACGGUGGUUGGUGUGGUGGGCCACGUGUCACGGGGCCAGGUGGACGUUGUGCUGAGCGACGGGCGCAAGUACGCUGACCUGAUUGAUGUGAGCGGGAGCGGGAGCGCACGCAUUGGUGGGCUGGUGGCGUUCUCUGUGAGGGGCGACAGCAGCGGGGCCGUUGCGGUUGACGGCGCGAGUGGCGCAGUGACGCUGCUUGGGAACAGCGCUGUUGAGCUUGAGUAUGUGGUGCGGGCCACGGUAGGAGGCGCGAUGGGGAGCCGGAUGUUUGCUGCGAACCUGCAAGCCGGGGAUGGGGAUGUUGAUCUCGGGUCGCUGUCUGGGGUGCCGGUGCCGGCACAGCAGCCGGGCGCCACAUUCGACGUGCCCGUGCGCGUCAGCGCUGGUGCCAGUGUGCUGGGAGCCCUUGAUCUCGAUAUUGUGUACGACCCCACCAUCCUUCAGGCGGUCUCCAUUGCACAAACGUCGUCCUUGUGGGAAGGCGGCGUGUUUGUGGCUUCUCUCAACAGCCCACCGGGCGUGGCAUCCUUUGGCGGCCUGUUGCAGAAGAAUGCUGCGGUUGGCGUCCUGACCGUCGCCACGCUCCGCUUCCGCGUUCUUGCGCCUGAGAAUGGUGCCAACUCUACUUCUGGAUGCAUCACCGCCAUUCACGGCGUUGUGAACACCAUCGCUGAUGCCUCAUCACAGCAGCUGACCAUUGGCGCGCCCACACCGCGUGCUAUUGUUGCUGGCAGCGUCGAUGUUGUUAUCGGCACGGCUGCAAGCAACGCCACCACCACACCAUGCACGGCCAGCACCCCCGGUCGUCGUCGUCGUCGUCGUGACAGUGCCGUCGACACCACGGCGACUGCUGUUGCUGCUGCCGCUGCUGAUGGUCGUGUUGCCCGUGACAGCGAGUCACUGCUGCGUGCACGGCGUGCAACGCCAUGCGACCCUGCAUCGUGCCCAGAGCCGCGCAUGCUGGGUGAUGUGCUGUGCGAUUGCGUGUUUGACAUCAAGGACGCGGGCGCCCUGCUUCGCUUCCUUGGCCGCGAGCUUGUGGAUCCCGCCGUGAACCGGUCUUCGCUGUCGGCAGACGAGAAGCGCGUCAUGGACGCCAAUGUCAAUGGUCACAUUGAUGUGCUGGAUGUGUCCUUCCUUGCAGCCGUCAACUUUGACCUGCUGCGCUUCGUGUCUGCGCCGCGCGUGCGAGUGCUGCCGUCCCCGGACGGCUGCCUGCUGGAGGUGUCUGUGCUCGCGCUCACUGCGUCGCACCAAGCUGCGAGUCCAACCGACACUGCAAUCGUGUUCGACAUUGAGCCAGCAGCGGGUUCCGGCGACGCACAGCGAGCCAACUGGACACUCGCGGAGCCACUGGCUGGAGAUCUGCUGUCACCGGGGAAACCAGACGGAUACGCGGGCGCGUGGAUUCAGGCCGCUGUCCCCUUUGCCGUUGCGCCGUCGCUGUAUCGCACGGUGAUUCCCUUGGGUGACACGCCACCGACCAACAUCAGCGGGGGCGUCUCGGUUGUGCAGCUGACCGUGUCGACGGAGGGCGCAUUCUCCCCUGACCGGCUCCUGUUUAUGACCCGUCACGUGGACGAUGCCCCUGCUUAUGACACCGCGCUGGAUUCGCAGCUCGCCAACGUCACCUUUGCCGCUGACAGCAACGGUCAAGCACGGCAGGGCGCCCACGUGGCGGCUGCCGUAUCAAAGCCCCAGGGCUACUCGCCGCUGGUGGGCGUGGUGCAAAACACGAGCGUGUGUGAUCAACCCGGCAGCGUGGACGAGAAGCCCCUGACAACGUCGUUCCUGCUGCCGCUGGACUAUGACGCAAUUGUGGGCAAUGCCACGCGCCUUGCUGCGCUGGAGGCGGCUGUCCUGGACGGCCUGUGGCGGUUUGCGGGGGUGCCGCCGUCGCUGGUGGUGCGCAUCACAUUCUCGCGCGGCAGCGUGGGCGUGGAUGUCGUGCACGCUGACGGCCGCUCUGCAGACCAAACCGCGUAUGCGGUGCAGCAGGACCAGAUGAAGGUCAACUUUGAAGGCUCGCAGGUUGCUGCGUCACCAAUGCCGUCUGUGACCACGACCGCUGGGCCGGGAACAACAGCGCCGCCUGCGACUGGUACGACGACGACGACGAUAACCGCCGCGUCGACAUCGUCAACGGUGUCGCUGGCGCCACCGGGAGCGGAGGGGUCCACUGCCCUCAUUGUUCCCAUUGUCCCUGCCGUGGUUGGCGGCGUGGUGCUCAUCAUGCUGGUUGUGCUGCUGCUGGUGCAUCGCCGGAAGCAGCGACGCAAGCGGGAUGUGGAGCUGCAGGCGCACGAGGACGCACUUCGGCGCGAGCAGCAGUUUGGCCACAUUGUCGCAUCGCCCACCAAGGACCGCCACAGCCUGUACCUGGGCGUGGCCACUGGCCUGGACCACCACGAGGUGCCAAUGAACCCGCUCCACGAGGACAAUGUGCAGCAGGACGUGGGCCACUAUCGCGGACUGGAUGGUGCUGCUGGCCGCCUGCCGAGCGUUGGGCGGGCCAUGCGCUUGCCUGCGCGCAGCACGGUGUCGCCCAUGCAGUCCCCAAGAGGCAGCAGGGCUGGCACCUCUUCCGUAUCAUCCACCCCCGGGCACUCGAAGGAGCAAGAACAACAACAGCAGAAGCAACGAGGAAGCGAGGCUGCAAGCUCGUUCUCGCCGCUGGAGUCGCCCACACGGCGGCCGUCUGCGUGGGAGUUUGCAUCGAACCGGGAGGUGGCAUCUGGCAUUGCGCGCCUGACGGAAGGCCUCGUGUACGGGAUCAACCGGGGAGCACUGCAGCUGCAGCGCAACAUCUCUGGUGGCGAUUCCCAGCUGGACGCAACCACAGAUUUCAUCGACCUGAGCGGCAGCUUGCCUGGCGAUGCGCGCACGGAUGUGUUUGAUUUCCCCUCCGAGGCUGGCGAGACAACGACUGACCCGCGCACUGGCGGGAUUAUGCUCCGUGAUGGCGCGGCCACCACAUACGCACGCCUGCUCAACCCUGCGCCUCAGCCCAUGUAUCAACAGCAGCAUGGCCAGGGGGAGGAGGUGAAAUAUGCCGAGUUGUCGCUUGUGGACACGGAAUCCUACACUUUUGACGUCCAGUACCUGGAUCACCGCACCCACGUCCACACGGAGGUGCACCGGGCGUGCUGGAAGGAGCUGCAGGAGACGUUUAUGAGCAUUGUGCAUCACACCGUCACCCCGCAAGCGGCGUUCCUCACCCUCACGCCUGAGGCGCUCAGGAUCAAAGGGCAGCCAGAGGAGCCGUUCUGCAGCUGUGCCCUGACAUCCAUUUGCGAAUGCCGUGUGGAGACAGCACACGUCUUCAUCGGUGUAGAAGAUGCUGUGGACCCCAGCUUGAUUGCAUGCCAUGUCAUUCGCAUGACAGAUGACGACUCGGCUCAGCGGCUGUUUGGCUUGUUGGCGAUUGCGUGCCACAAGCGGUAUCGUGAGCUGAAGGGCAGCGAGCUGCUGCGAGCAGAGCCCGUCUUCUCGUCCAUUGCAGUGGAUCCCAACGCAUCGCUCGUUGACACGAGUCAGGUCACUGUUGACAUCACGGACGACGACGCCUGGGCAGCGCCCACGUUUGACGACGAUGACGAUGAUGAAGAGCGCCACGGCCAGCAGCAGCGUGACGGCGGGUCGUCAUCGGACAGCGACACGGACGAGGAUGACUUUGACGGCGUGAUUCGCGCGCUCCGCGCUGCUGACGAGCUGAAGCGACGAGAGGGUGACCAGCACGCCGCUGAGGCACAGAGCCGCCAGCCAACGCAGGCGUUUGUGACAAGCACCCCUGUUGCGACGCGCGGUGUUGGGUUGGAGCAGCACGGCCAGUUUGAAGAGUCGUCCAUCAUGUCCAGCUCGCGUGACGCCAGACUGGAGACGGUGAUGGAGGAGGACGAGGAGGACGAGGAAGAAGCACGGCGAGCCGCUGCAGAACGCAAACGCCAGCGCGAGGCGGCGUACACGUCGUCUGUGGGCACGGCGGCGGAGCCGACACGCUCGCAGCACGUGGACUCGGUGCAUGCUGGCACAGCGGCGACAGGCAGCAGCCAGCAACCCGAGGAUGACGAUGAUGACGUGUGGAACCUGGACGAAGUGGCAGAACUUGCGCUGGCAACAGACGACAUGUCGCACCCGUCUGUCACUGGCGCCAAGCCAGGCUACCUCGACGUGUCCCCACAGCAGCAGCAACAGCAGAUGCAGCACGCAACUGGUGACAAGCGUGGGUAUUUGGAUGUGGCGCCAAAACCAGGGGCUGCGACGACACAGCGCCCGGGUUACCUGGACGUGACACCCAAAGCACAGCAAAAGCGCGGGUACUUGGACGUUGCACCAGACCAGCAGCAUGUGCGGGCUGACACUUCACCAGGGUACGUGCACGUGCAGCCGCAAUCGCCCGCCACACCUUCGUCCUCGUCCACCGGGCUGCAGACACACGUGCCGCUGUAUGCGGAUGUGUCUGGACUGCACGACAGCCGGCGCAGUGAAGAGCCAGCGUACAUCAACGUGAGCGUGGCCAUGCCGGAACACCACCAGCAUCAGCAACAGCGUCACCCUGACCAGCCAUCGUUCAACCGAAGCGGCGACUUCCCGUUUACACCAGAGAUCAGACCGCCGCCGGGCUUUGAACAGCAACAGCAACAGCAGCAGCACGAGUCCACACCCAUGGCACCGUCGCAGCGCGCAGCACAGCACCACCACCAUGGUGGUGGUGGUUAUGGCGGUGGCCAUCACCACAGGCGGGAUAUGCAUGGUGAAGACGAGGAGGAGGAUAUGAACGACUUGAGAGAGAUGUUGAGGGACAUGUAGCAGCGUAGCGUCUGCAUUCUUCAUGCUUGUCUGUGUGUCUGCGUGUGUGUGUGUGUCUGUCUGUGUGUCUGUCUGUGUGUGUGUGUGUAUGAGUGAGCGAAAGAGAGAAAAGAGGUUUGUAGUGUUGCUUGGCUUGCGUUGUUACACAAAUUGUUGGGAUGCUUGCGUUGACAGUGCCGCAAAGAAGCAAGCCUUGUUGAUUGCGCACACACGUGUGCUUGUGUUUGUUGAUCACUUCAUGCUACCUGUUUCAUUGAGUUGAAUGGGUUGUUUACUGUACAUAGAUUGAAUAAGGGCAUUCACAAUACAAGGGUGCAUAUGAGCAAACCCUUAAACGCACUUGUACAUGCAGGGCCGAG